ACCCCUCUUACGAUAGCCAGCAAUCGGGGCCAUCGUGAAAUUGUAUUAGAACUGCUGAACAAGGGUGGAGAUGUUAAUAAAGUUGAUAAGGAUGGCGAUACACCAUUAAUGGUUUCUAUAACAAGCAAAGAGCCAGCUAUUGGAAAGUUGCUGAUUGAAAGAGGCAUUGAUGUGAACAUUGCCAAUCAUAAAGGUACAACUGCUCUACACUAUGCAGCAGCUACUAAUUACAGUAAUUUGGUGGAGAUGAUUAUCAGCAAUGGGUGUGACUCGCUGGUAAACGCUAAAAUGCCGCAAGGAUUCACAGCUCUACAUAUAGCUGCAGUAAACAACCAUACAGACUUAGCGAAGUGUUUGAUAGAAAAUGGCUCUAAGACAGAUCUGAAGAAUGUGAACGACAAAACGCCUUUAGAGUGUUGUACA